GAGUUUAGAGUCAGCAGCGCCUUGCUCCUAGAGUCUGACAACAUUUUUGCUCACAUAUAUGUUGAAACUGAGUUUCAGGGAAUAACUUCUACACUCUCAACACCUGUCUGAACAUCAGCGUGUGUGUCAGCAGUGAUCAGAAGCUGCUACAGCAAACCAUGCUGCUGUCUCCAACUCUGCUAACUCUGAGAAUAUGCAAUGCUUAACGGUGACCAUUCUACGAGGAAAGAACGGCUUUGGCUUCACCAUCUGCUCUGACUCGCCUGUUCGUAUACAAGCAGUCGAUCCAGGUGGUCCAGCGGAUCAGGCCGGUUUGCAGCAGUUGGACACUGUGUUGCAGUUAAACGGUCAACCUGUCAAACAUUGGAAGUGUGUAGAUCUUGCGCAUGCUAUUAGAAACAGUCUUAGUGAGAUCACAGUGGUAGUUUGGCGUACAGGACCCUCUGUUAAGACCAGCUUUGAGGGGUUGAUCCAUCAUCCUUCAUACAAGCCCGCCAACCAUGACGCUACAGUUUCUCCUUCUAAAGCCAAGCGGGGGGACAAAACGCCACCUCUUCCACCUCUGCCUGCACACCUCCGCACCAGCCGUAGGAUUGUAGUCAACAGCUCAGAGGGAGUGGGUGGUGGAGGGAGUGGAGCAGGAAUCCUCUGGGGAGAACGGAGGACUGGAGUAGAAGGCAAGACUAGCACUCAGACGCUUAGAGGGACACGUGUGAAAGCAUCAAACGGGGACGAUUAUAUCAUCCUGUCACCUAUUAACCCUGGAAGCCAGGUAUUGGGCUCUGACUAUGGAGACAACCACAGAACAUUAGGUGGCCAGAUGUACUCCACACCUCAGGCGUCUGUUCCACAACCUCCGGCUGCUAGUGCCCAGACAGCCCCUGGACUGGCAAGCAGAACAUGUUUUAUGCGCUGCUCUGGCAAAUCUAAAACACAGCACAGCGGAAACUACCAACAGAACUCAAACUUUGCCAACUACCAGAACUGCACCAUUGUGAGGUCACACGUGCCUCAUACCAACUAUGGUACCUAUGUUAAAGUGACACCCAAAAUCCUUAUCUUCCCCAUCUUUGUGCAGCCUGUAGAUCUGUGUAGUCCAAACAGAACACUGAUGAUCUCUGAGGAAAUGAUUUUAUAUGAGAGCAAGCAUUUUUCUAUCAAGGUAACAAUCUUUAUAUACACAGAUCUGAUGUUGGUGACCAGAGAGGAUGAACUGGGACGAUGUAACGUCCUUCAAAACCCGCUGUAUCUCAGACAGCUGCAGCUGCAGUAUGAUCACAGUGAAGAGCUGCGAUUUUACUUGAUCCACAUGACUGAGAAAUGUGAUUGUCUUCUGAGUCUGGAAGCAAAUUCUCUGGAGCAAAAAGCAAGAGUGUGCCAGUGUUUGAGCGAGAACAUCAAAAAACAGCUACAGCUGCACGCGAGACAGACUUUCUGCCCACCUCAGCAGAUGCUCGAACCCAAGCAGGAUGAUCCACGUGACCUCAGGGGCCGGAGAAUGACCUCUGAGGAUGACCAUUCCUUGGGCAACCUGUCUGAUGCGUCAGCCACCACUGCGAGUACCCCUCAGUCCAGGAGUCUCACCCUGCUGGAGGAUCUGUGCACGCCUUUGGAGGAGGACAGACACCUGGUUCCACCAACACCUCCACCCUCUACUGAGGGAGAAGAUGGAAAAAGCACGGAGAGCAGCAUGAACGACUUAUGGAGGGAGGAUGAAGGCAAAGAGAAAGGAGAUGAGGAGAUGGGGAAUACUGAGCCAGUGACCGAGGAGAAAGAAGAAGAGGAGUUCUUGCACGCACACGCAAGAGACUGUGAAGAUGAAAAGCAGCUGCUUGUUGAUGAGGACAAUGCUUCAGAGGCAGUGGACACGAAUGCUCCACCUUCAUCCUCUUCCUCAUCAUUUGUCAUCCCUGAGCUGCGAUUAGAUCGGUCCUUCAGUGCAGAUGCCCUCUCCACCCCUGGCACCGAUGAAGAGUAUGAAGAAGAUGAUGAGGAGGACGAGGAAGAGGAGGAAGACAGCGAUGACAACUACCUGGAACGCAGUGACAGUAAACGGAGGAGCAUGGUAGAGGCCACUUCCUGCGAGAAGCACUCAGGUGGGCUCAGCGUGCAGAACUCCCUGCGAAGACGCACACACAGCGAGGGCAGUCUUCUCCAGGACCCUCGCACAACCUGCUUCACGUCUGACAAUGCCAUCAACUGCAUGGAGGUGGCCGGGACACACAAGGGCGGCUGGACGCUUCCGUCACCCAAAACCCUGAAGAAAGAGCUGACUAAGAAUGGAGGCUCCAUGCACCAGCUGUGUAUGCUGUUCUCCGGAAGAAAACUGAGCGCCGGCUCCGAGUGCAGCUGUGACGUGGGUCCUGACGGGGCCAAGAAGAAGAAAUCCAAAAACCUGGCCAAAGACAUGAAGAACCGACUCGCUUUCCUGAGGAGGAGGAAUGAGUCUCCCGGAAGCACCCCGGUCGGCAAGCUCGACAAAUCCAUGAAGUCUGUCAAGCCCACUCCAGAAGAGGCAAUGAAGUGGGGUGAAUCUUUGGACAAGCUGCUCGUCCACAAAUAUGGACUGGCGGCGUUUCGAGCUUUCCUGCGCACGGAGUUUAGCGAAGAGAAUCUGGAUUUCUGGCUGGCCUGUGAGGAUUACAAGAAGAUUAAAUCACAGUCCAAGAUGGCAUCGAAAGCUAAGAAAAUCUUUGCGGAAUUCAUCGCCAUCCAGUCCUGUAAGGAGGUGAAUUUGGAUUCCUACACCAGGGAACACACUAAAGAGAACUUGCAAAACAUCAAUCGCUCUUGCUUCGACCUGGCCCAGAGGAGGAUAUACGGCCUGAUGGAGAAAGACUCGUACCCUCGAUUUCUGCGCUCAGAACUCUACAUGGACUUAGUGAAUCAAAAGAAACCCAGCACCACGUCGACAUCCUCCUCCUCCUAAGAUGACAGAGAGAGAGAGAGCCAGAAAGAGACUAUAAAAAGUAGCAUUGGGGAGGUUUCUUUCACUUAGCAUUUCAUUCUCAUCAGCCAUUCUAUCUGUUAAUGUGACGAAAAGACAGGGAGUGGAGAAAUGCACAAGGCAUCGUUUACAAGCGGUGAAAGAUAGAGGAAAAGGUAGUGUGAACCGACCUAAUGGAGCUGGACGAGUGGGGCACCACCAUGCUGAAUAAUGCUGGUUAUUCCCAUUUGAAUUUUGUUAUUUAAUAGGUUUUCCAAGUGUACUGGAGACAAUAGAGGAGAUCAUUGCCUCUUUAACACUAAGACAGCUGGGUACUGUUUAGCAUCUUUCUCUUCUUCUACUCGAGCACUGUUGGUGCCACCAACCUCUCUUUGUUCUCCAUUUCAUGAUGACUUUCCUGGACAUUUCAGAAAUGUCUCGUCUCUACGGGGUCAGCUGUCUGGAUGGCACGUAAAAAAACGACGACGAUCAUGCACUUAUUGCUCAACGGUGUUCCUGUGAACCUUCAUCCAUGUCCGUCGACUCCAUAUCACAUGAAGGGGUGCAAAAAAUGCUGGCACAAAACAUAAUUUAAAUCACAAUUCAUAAAUAAGUGUACAAACGUUCUAGAGGAAUGGACCAAACUGCAGCUGAAGACUGGAGCAUUUCGCUCUGAGCUCGAAAUGGACUUGAAAUUGGUCGCUGGUCUCUAAAGACUAUACAAAACAUGCUUAGCUGUGAUAUGUAAAGCCAAUAAGCCAUUCAUUGUAGCUCCACGUUAAGAAUGGAAGAGACAGUAUUCUCAGGACAUUAUGGCACUCAACUAUGAAGCUUCCAGACUUAUUUCACCUUCUGUUUCUACACUUAAAAUGUUAUUUUUCCGGACUUUAGGUUUAAUUGUGCACUCUAUAUUUAAUAGGGCAUAAGGUCAGUUAGGAUCUUUCCCUAUCUUUGUUAAUAAGACGACAUGUUUUACCAAUACACAAAUGUAGUUAUUUAUUUAGAGGUUUCACUGGUUGCUUUGUUCAUUGCACUCAGCCGAAUUUCCCUUUUCCUCUUUGAUCCAGGUCCACAGCUGUCCUGAUGUAAGUGCAAUAUGUUUAUUAUUUUUAUUUGUUGACUUAUCUUAUUGAUAAGUUUACCUUUUUUAUGGAAAAGACAAUGGAUUGAGCUCUGUAUUAAUUUUAUUGUAAGUUGCAGGUAAUGUAAGAAUUACAUUAGUACACAAAUUAUUCUAACUGUGUUUCCCUGGCAGCAGGCCGCCGGGUUAAUGGAUGUAUAUAUGAUUCUUAAGAAAAAAUGAUAAAAAGAUAAAAACACACAAGGUUUUGUGGAUGUACCAUGAAGCGUUGCUGUAUCUAUGUAAAUAUGUGAACCUUAAAGCUAUAAAAUGACAUGUAUUGUUAUAAAUCGGGGCGGAGCAGGUAUGGUCGUCCUCUGCCUUGGACGUACACUGCUUGUAAGUAGUUUUAUGAAAUGUAUUUUAUCAUUUUCACUGUUUACAAUUCCAACGCAUCUCCUAAGAUAGCAAGUGCAGAAGAAAAUAGAGAUUUAAAAAGCCAGUGUCAUUGCAAAACACAAAUAAAACAUUUAGUUGGUAAAAUUAGACAA